CCCUUACAAGAUCGAGACCACGCCUUUCUACUGCCACCCACAGUAUAAGGGGCGUGGUCUCCAUAGAGCUGAGUUCGAGUGUCGACAAGCUAGUACGUGGUGCAAGCAGUUCCAUACGACAAGAUUCAAGGAAGCUAUGGUGUAUUUAUCAGGAGGUAAAGUCCUUGAGAACAGGUCAUGGCUGAGUGUGGACGGUAUCGUUGACUUGUUCUGGGUUGUCAUUAACUUCUUUGUCUUGUUCUUCAAGACUCUAAUAAGCCCUGGAGCUAGUGCUACUGGACCAUCGUCACGCAGCACAGACUAUAGGCGAUCUGGAGUUGCUGAUCAAGGGAGACGUAUUGGUCGUGUUGGUAAGGGUGCUGGUGGUGGUGCUGGACCUCCCCCCAUGGGCGGUGGAUGAGGAAGAGCACCAGUCCUAACUGGGACAGCCCCAACAUGCGGUCAACAGACACUGCUCCAUUCUACAGUAAUGACAUCACCUCCGAUAUGAGCCCCCUACCUAUCAGCAGUGGCACCACCGACCCAACCUCACCCUCCGAGGACACCACACUCUCAACCACCACCUAUGACCUUUUUGAGAACCAAAGUAACUGGAGCCUGAGCAACGCUGAUAGUUCAACACUUCUUUCCUGGGCCCAACAGAAAUCUGAACCCCACUAAGCAAGACUGAGUAAAGCCCCCCUCUGACCUACUGCAACGAUUUUGGACUAUGAAUUUUGGAUAACGAUUUCAACUUAACCUCAUUUCAAUUGAGUUGUGUGCUAUUAGCUCUAGUAUCAGCAUUUUAGCGAGUGAUUAUCUAGCCAGCUAUCUAGUUUAUUAUUGUUAUCGUGUAGCUACUAGUAGAUCGUUCAGUUGUCAUUUUGAGAGCUGUAUGUGUUUAGUAGCUAGCUGAUGACAUUAUUGUGUCUUGGCAUUAUAUGAAUUAACCGUU